AGCGGCGAGGACAAUGGGAAAAAAUCAAGAAAAUCAAAGAAAAGUGUCUCAUCCAAUCCUCAUUGCCUGCCUUGAACAACGUAGCCAGCACUAUAAUCGAAAAAUUGACUGUGGGACUACAACCUAUACUCCCCAAUCCAACGCCUCUAAAUUUAUCAUCCUGCACAACCGGCUCUCAGUCUCUUAACUGUCACCGUCUCCGCCAUUCUACUGCCACGUGACGGCUCCGCUGCAAUCACCAGAGAGAAACAGAGCGCCACCUCUUCUUUACUGCAUCAUCCAACUCUCCACAUUGUCAUUUCCUCUCUCUUACCUCUCCAUCACAUUUUAAACAAUUUUUUUUUUUGGUAGAUUCUUUGCUCUGUAAAUCGCUAUUCAAGCUUCGCGAAGCUCGUCAAUGGCGGCCGAAACAAGAGGGCGAGUAAUUAGCUUAUAAGUAGCUCCGGCGAAAGCGACAGUGUACUUGGCUUCUAAGAUUGGAGGGUUUAAUAUCAAGGAGGUUUGGAGAGCAAAUCCCAGCUCCUAAUGAAGAUGUUCUUCUAGGUUGGCACAGAGAAUUGACUGGGCAAUUUUUGGUCUUAUGGCUAGUAUAUAAAUGAAGUUUCAAGUGGAAGUUGUCCUUGCUUGCCUCAUUGCUUUGAUCUGGUUUCAGCAAGGUUUUUGCGAUGCAGAUGAACUUUCCACGACUUCCAACAUUAGCAAUUGGACAUGUACUUGUUCACUGUCCUAUCAAGGAAAUCAGAGUUAUCUUAAAUCUAACUGUUCUAAAUCCUGUGAUUGCAAUAGAGCAUCUGGAGGACCAAGUGGAAGUACAUGGACAUGUAUUUGUGCCACCGAUGGAUUUCCUAAAAUAGCUUCUGGUAGUCAUGAUACUGCCUGUUUUACAGCCUGCAACUGCACUUCUGGAUCCCUUACGCAAACACAAGCUAAAAGAAAUCACCUUUCUGGCAAAAUUGUUAUCAUCAUUCUGCUGCUCUGCGUCAUACUAACAACACUUGCUUUUCUCGGUUCCGUAACAUGGUAUGUCUACAGAAAAGAUAAGUGCCCUAUCCAGCCACCAGUAUUCUCAUCAGACAGAGAAACGAGUUUCAACAGUGCUGCUAACUUAAUAAGUCGCAAGGCAUCUUCACUUUCAGAAACCAAAAUUAUUAUUGAUUCCCCCUUGAAUCCUAUCUCAGUGUGUUUUGGCAAGGGUUCUUUAUUGUGUAAGAGCAAUUCAGACAUCAUACGUGGUGCCAUAAUCCGAUUUUCCUACUCUGAAUUAGAGCAUGCAACCAAUAAGUUCUCCAAUUCCAAUCUUAUAGGUCUUGGUGGAUGCAGUUAUGUAUAUCGUGGUCAGCUUAGAGAUGGUAACAUUGUGGCAAUUAAAUGGCUUAAGUCUCAGGGAGGACUUGAUGAUGAUUCUCUCUUUUCAAAAGAGGUUGAAGUGUUAUCAAGACUUCAUCAUUGUCAUGUUGUGCCUUUGCUUGGCUACUGCUCAGAAUUCCAAGGGAAACAUUCUGAGAAGUUGCUGGUCUUUGAAUACAUGCCUAAUGGUAACUUGAGGGAUUGUAUGGAUGGAGUUUUGGGAGAAAGCAUGAAAUGGGAAACUCGUGUUACAAUUGCAAUCGGAGCUGCCAGGGGCUUAGAGUAUCUCCAUGAAGCAGCUGCUCCAAGAAUUUUGCACAGAGAUGUCAAAUCCACAAACAUCCUCCUUGAUGAUAACUGGAGGGCAAAAAUUACCGACCUUGGUAUGGCAAAACGUUUAGAAGCUGACGGUGUUCCAAGCAGUUCCAAUUCUCCAGCAAGAAUGCAGGGCACUUUUGGCUAUUUUGCGCCAGAAUAUGCAAUGGUUGGGAGAGCCUCUCUCAUGUCAGAUGUUUUCAGUUUUGGGGUAGUUCUCCUUGAGCUUAUUACCGGUCGACAACCCAUCCAUAAAUCAACCAGCAAAGGAGAAGAAAGCCUUGUCUUAUGGGCUACUCCUCGUCUGCAGGACAGUAGGCGAGUAAUAUCCGAAUUGCCUGACCCACGUUUGAAAGGAAAUUUCCCUGAAGAAGAAAUGCAAAUAAUGGCUUACCUAGCGAAGGAAUGCCUGCUGAUGGAUCCUGAUGCACGGCCAUCUAUGAGUGAGGUUGUACAAAUCCUCUCAACUAUUGCAGCAGAUAAAUCUAGGAGGAGAAACAUCCCUGUAAAUCUCUUUCAGAUGUCUUCCAAACACAGCAUGAAAACUGAGCUGCAUAUACAAAAACCGGAAAGUCGAGUUGAUGCAGUAGAGCUGAGACGAGACAUCUCGGCCAAACAGUCACCUGUAUGUUCUAUGCAAUUAGACAUUGAGCGUAGUCUUUCCGUUGGACACAACACUAAAGAAGCAGACAUUCAGAUGUCUUCCAGACAAAGCAUGAAGACUGAGCUGCAUAUACAAAAACCAGAAAGUCGAGCUGAUGCAGCAGAGCUGAGACGAGACAUGUCAGCCAAACAAUCAACUGUAUGUUCUAUGCCAUUAGAUGUUAAACAUACUUUCUCCAUUGGACACAAUACUAGAGAAGCAGAUAUAAUUUCGGCCGAGUAUAUAGAAAGGUUGAUCCUCUUGACUUCUAAAGCUCGGAGUUGGCGCGCGACAGAUGAUGAAGCUGUGGAUUUAACAGAACCUCGGUUUGAAACAUUCCACAUGGCAAAUGUGAAGUCUCCCUGACAAACUAGCUGAUUAAAAGCAAAAGUGUUUGAUCUAGCUUUAUGCAGAUUUCUGGUACAAGGUAUCUUGUUUUCUUAAAUAGAGAGGAAAAAAGCAAGUUAUAUCUUUUUCUUUUUCAUUAGAGAUUUAUUCUUCUUUUGAAGUUAUAAAAGAAACAAAAAACAAAAAAUAGGAAAAAGAUCUCAGGAUGAUUCUUAAAUCUUUACUUGACUGUAUUUAAUUUUUCUCGUACAGUAAAAGAUAACUGCAGAGAAUUCAUAUAGCUAGUCUUUUUUUUUUUAA